AUGAGUACCAAAGUUGCGCUAUCCUUUCUGCUGCUCAUAUGUGUAGCUUCUGUUGCCUGCUUCAACAGGGAAAGGCUUCACUUCCGGGGAAUAAACGAUCUCCAUCAUGCUAAGGACACCGAUUCUCCUGGACAAAGACGCACUGGUCAAGAUAUAGUGGACAGAGAAGGAAGGGUUGGACAGGAGAGCAGAGGCGAUGAUGCAAGUCAUACCGACGAGGAGCGCAAGAAAAGAGAGGAAGACGCCGAUGAUAACGAUGAUGAUGAUCGUAGGAAGAGAGACGAAGACACGGAUAGUACAGACAACAAUGAGAGUAGGAAGAGAGAAAAAGACACCGAUGAUACCGAUUAUGGAGAUGAUACCAACGAUGAUCAGCGAAGGAAGAGGGAAAAAGACACCGAUGAUACCGAUGAUGAUGAGCGUAGGAAGAGAGAAGAAGACACUUAUGAUACCGAUGGUACUGAUGAUACCGACGAUGAUGUUCGUAGGAAGAGAGGAGAAGACACCGAUGAUACCGAUGAUGAUGAGCGUAGGAAGAGAGAAGAAGACACUGAUGAUACCGAUGAUACUGAUGAUACCAGUGACGGUGUUCACAGGAAGAGAGAAGAAGACACCGAUGAUACUGAUGAUGAUGUGCAUAGAAAGAGAGAAGAAGACACCGACGAUACUGAUUAUGAUGAUGAUACUGACGAUGAUGAGCAUAGGAAGAGAGAAGAAGAUACCGAUGAUAAUGAUCAUACUGAUGACAAUGAGCGUAGGAAGAGCGAAAAAGACACCGAUGAUACCGAUUGUGAUGUUGAUACUGACGAUGAUGAGCAUAGGAAGAGAGAAGAAGACACCGUUGAUACUGAUGAUUCUGAUGACAAUGAGCGUAGGAAGAGAGAAAAGGACACCGAUGAUACCGAUUAUGAUGAUGAUACCGACGAUGAGGAGCGUAGGAAGAGAGAAGAAGACACUGAUGAUACCGAUUAUGAUGAUGAUACUGACGAUGAUGAGCAUAGGAAGAGAGAAGAAGAUACCGAUGAAACUGAUCAUACUGAUGACAAUGAGCGUAGGAAGAGAGAAAAAGUCACCGAUGAUACCGAUUAUGAUGUUGAUACUGACGAUGAUGAGCAUAGGAAGAGAGAAGAAGAUACCAAUGAUACUGAUGACAAUAAGCAUAGGAAGAGAGAAAAAGACACCGAUCAUACCGAUUAUGAUGAUGAUGCCGACGAUGAUACCGAUGAUGAUGAGCAUAGAAAGAGAGAAGAAGAUACUGAUAAUACCGAUGAGGAUGAGCAUAGAAAGAGAGAAGAAGAUACUGAUGAUACUGAUUAUGAUGAUACAGACGAUGAUGAGCAUAGGAAGAGAGAACAAGACACCGAUGAUACUGAUUAUGAUGAUGAUACCGACGAUGAUGAGCAUAGGAAGAGAGAAGAAGAUACUGAUAAUACCGAUGAGGAUGAGCAUAGAAAGAGAGAAGAAGAUACUGAUGAUACUGAUUAUGAUGAUACAGACGAUGAUGAGCAUAGGAAGAGAGAACAAGACACCGAUGAUACUGAUUAUGAUGAUGAUACCGACGAUGAUGAGCAUAGGAAGAGAGAAGAAGACACCGUUGGCACUGAUGAUUCUGAUGACAAUGAGCGUAGGAAGAGAGAAAAAGACAUCGAUGGUAGUGAUUAUGAUGAUGAUACUGACGAUGAUGAGCAUAGGAAGAGAGAAGAAGACACCGAUGAUACUGAUGAUACUGAUGAUGAUGAGUGUAGGAAGAGAGAAAAAGACACCGAUGAUACCGACGAUGAUGAGCGAGGGAAGAGAGAAGACACUGAUGAUACCGAUGAUACUGACGACGAUGUUCAGAGGAAGAGAGAAGAAGACACAGAUGAUACUGAUAACACCAAUGAUGAUGAUGAUGAUCGUAGGAAGAGGGAAGAAGACAAAGAUGAUACCGAUGAUACUGAUGAAAUCGAUGACGAUGUUCAUAUGGCGAGAGAAGAAGACACCGAUGAUACUGAUGAAACUGAUGAUACCGAUGAUACUGACGAUACCAACGACGAUGUUCAAAGGAAGAGAGAAGAAGAAACUGAUGAGACUGAUGAGGAUGAGCAUAGAAAGAGAGAAGUAGACACCGAUUAUACUGAUGACAAUGAGCGUAGGCAGAGAGAAAAGGACACCGAUGAUACCGAUCAUAACGAUAAUACCGACAAUGAUGAGCAUAGGAAGAGAGAAAAAGACAACGAUGAUUCCGAUAAUGACGAUGAUGCCGACGAUGAUGAGCAUAGGAAGAGAGAAGAAAACACCGAUGAUACCGAUUAUGAUGAUGAUACUGACGAUGAUGAGCAUAGGAAGAGAGAAGAAGACACCGAUGAUACUGAUGAUACUGAUGGUGAUGAGUGUAGGAAGAGAAAAGAAGACACCGAUGAUACUGAUGAUACUGAUGAUGAUGAGCAUAGGAAGAGAAAAGAAGACACCGAUGAUACUAAUGAUACUGACGACGACGAUGAUGAUGAUGAUGAUGAGUAUACCGACGAUGAUGAGCAGAGGAGGAGAGAAGAAGACACCGAUGAUACUAAUGAUACUGAUGAUGAUGAUGAUGAUGAUGAUGAUGAUGAUGAUGAUGAUGAUGAUGAGUGUAGGAAGAGAGAAAAAGGCACUGAUGUUUACGAUUAUGAUGAAGAUACUGACGAUGAUGAGCAGAGGAAGAGAGAAAAGGCCACCGAUGGUACUGAUUAUGAUGAUGAUACCGACGAUGAUGAGCAUAGGAAGAGAGAAGAAGACACCGAUGAUACUGAUGAUACUGAUGAUGAUGAGCAUAGGAAGAGAAAAGAAGACACCGAUGAUACUAAUGAUACUGAUGAUGAUGAUGAUGAUGAUGAGUGUAGGAAGAGAGAAAAAGACACCGAUGAUUCCGAUUAUGAUGAAGAUACUGACGACGAUGAGCAUAGAAAGAGAAAAGAAGGCACCGAUGAUACCAAUCAUGACGAUAAUACCGAUGACGAUGAGCGAAGGAAGAGAGAAGAAGACACAGAUGAUACCGAUGAUACUGAUAACACCAAUGAUGAUGAUGAUCGUAGGAAGAGGGUAGAAGACACUGAUGAUACUGAUGAUACCGAUGAUACUGAUGAUACCGAUGAUGAUGUUCAUAGGAAGAAAGAAGAUGACACCAAUGAUACUGACGACGAUGAGCAAAGAAAGAAAGAAGAAGACAGCGAUGAUAACGAUUAUGACGAUGAUGCCGGUGACGAUGAGCGUAGGAAGACAGAAGAAGACACGGAUGAUACCGAUUAUGAUGAUACUGCCGAAGACGAUGAGCGUAGGAAGAGAGAAAAAGACACUGAUGAUACCAAUGAUACUGACGACGAUGAUCGUAGGAGAGGAGAAGACACUGAUGAUACUCACGACGAUAAGCAUAGGAAGAGAGAAAAAGACACCGAUGAUACUGAUGACAGCGGCGAUAAUGAUGAUACCGACGACGAUGAGCGUUGGAAGAGAGAAAAGGAGAACGAUGAUACCGACGACGACCGCAGGAAGUGA